GGUAACGGGUCGGGUUUGCGAGCAGAGAGACGAAAGAGAUUGUGCACGAAAGUAGUUCGUUCCUCGGAAUGGAACAAGAACCGAUCGAGCAAGAUACCUUUGUCUCACUUAACAAUGACUUCUCCUUUCUGGUUUCCUCAGAAUUCGUGUAUUAUGAUCACCUGCUCAGCUAAUGCUUUCGCUAUGUCCUGUUUCAUGCCUUAUGUCAUUCCUUCCAUUUAGGGUGCAUUUCCUUAUGAGUUAUGGCAUUGGCUAUAAUAGACUUGUCCUUUUUCAUAUGCAACUCUCUUAUCAGUGUUUCUAUUCUGGCUUUCAAAUUCAGAAGAAAUAUGAGAGUAAGCUAUUCGGGAUGACCACUCUUUGUUCUCCAUGUUACUAUCUGAUUGAUCGAGGGAUGCUUGUUACCACAAGAUUCUCAGAAAAACUCUGACAACUUUUGGCAUCUUCUUAAAGAGGCCUUCAGAAUUUGGUCUGAGCACAGCAUGAUUGACAAGAAACCUGCCUAGGAAUGAUAAGAUUUUCUCAUAAUUUUCUUAUCACAAGGUAAUAUAUGGAAAUAAAUGGGGUUGACCGGUCAGAAAAUGAGAAUUGAAUAGACUUGAAACUUGGUUAAGGCAUCAAAGCCCUAUAAAUCCUGCUGUCUCUCCUUAGAAUUUCUCAAGCUUCCCAUUGCACUUCAAGUAGUUCUGCAAAGUGCAAGACUUAAUGAACAUGGGCAGCAAAAAGAUUCAGGAGAAGAUGAUUCAAAGAGCAGAUGCUCGGCAAGUUUCUUUCUCAAAACGGCGAUCUGGCCUCUUCAAGAAGGCCAGCGAACUCUGCACCUUGUCCGCUGUUGAGACUGCCCUUAUCAUCUUCUCCCCUGGGGGAAAGGCCUUCUCCUUUGGUCAUCCUUCUGUUGCUGCUGUAAUAGACAGGGUUGGCAGCCCCGUGAAGCUAGAUGCUGCUACAAUUCGGGAAGCUGAGGCUCACCAAGAGAGUGUUCUCCGUGACCUGAACAAGCAGUGUUCUGAUCUUUUCAACCAAUUGGAAGUUGAAAAGAAACGAGGGGAGAAACUCGAGCAGAUGAGGAAGGAAUGCCAGGGGCGCUGCUUGUUUGAUAUCCCACUUAAUGAACUCAGCUUUGAGGAGCUGCUGAUCCAGAAGGCGGAAAUGGAAGAACUUAUGGGAAAAUUACUCAAGCACAGAGAGAAGUAUCUGGCUCAGCCGGGGGGUAGUUCUUCUGUUGAUCCUCAUGGCCAUAGUGUAGGCCAUUAAUAUCGGUUUCUCUGAAUAAGUUGAUGGAAGAGAGUUUGGCUUAGCUGUUUUUUGUUAUGGGGUUUCAGAUUUAUGCAAUACAUUCAGUUGCUCUCUUCCUGUGUAUCGUUUUUCAUAAGAUGUUCCUUUUUCCAAUAAUAAUACUCAUGAAAUAAUCUUUCAAAUGCCUUUUUACUGUGACAAUGGUGAUUGUGGAAGAAUGUCUUGUGACAAAAAACAACCCUGAUUCCAGACCAAGGAAUUAGCCAAUGGCAUUAAGUUUUAACUGGGGU